GGGCUAAAUGGGGAGUGGGUAAAGUGACCAGAAGACGGAAUUUUUAUUAUUGUUUUGUUUUUUUGCCACGACAGUCCCAUUUUAAGGUGGAUUGGAUAGGGUGACGAAAGCUGUUCUGGGGAUAAAGGGAACGCAGCAGGUAGCGUGAACAAACUGAGGAUCGCCUCAUUACCUUGCAAAUCACCGCUGCCCUAAACCGGAGAAGAUGGGCAUCUUUUCGGUAGAGAUUGCAGUGGGCGGGUCUAUAUAGCGGGUCCCCACGUGAGCCCACGGCGGUGGCUUGUGAAGCAGUGGUUAAGAGCAUGCGCUUUGGUGUCACAUCCUGCUGUUAGUGUCCCAUGUAGCUGGGAGUCCUAGCAAUGCGCACCUGCGACCUGGAGAAGUGACUUGAACUCGUACCGUGUCCUUGCCUGUAGAAUGGGUUAAUUCCCUACUUCGUUGCAGAGUAGUUGCGAGGAUUAAAGGAAAUUAUCUUGGUUUGGCAAGUUUAUCAUGGUGCUGAGCAAGGGAAACAACACCAAUCUUGAGGAACCAGACACUUCUCCCUCAGCACUGGGGAGAGCCAGGAUCUAUUUUCUGGAGAACUGUGGAAUGUGCCUCUGGGGGCCCAAGAGAGCAGAAGGAAGAUGCUCCAGACCAGUAACUAUAGCCUGGUGCUCUCCCUGCAAUUCCUGCUGCUGUCCUAUGACCUCUUUGUCAAUUCCUUCUCAGAGCUACUCCGUAUGGCUCCUGUCAUCCAGCUGGUGCUCUUCAUCAUCCAGGAUAUUGCAAUCCUCUUCAACAUCAUCAUCAUUUUCCUCAUGUUCUUCAACACCUUCGUCUUCCAGGCAGGCCUGGUCAACCUCCUAUUCCAUAAGUUCAAAGGGACCAUCAUCCUGACAGCUGUGUACUUCGCCCUCAGCAUCUCUCUUCAUGUCUGGAUCAUGAACUUACGCUGGAAAAAUUCCAACUGCUUUGUCUGGACAGAUGGACUUCAAACACUGUUUGUGUUCCAGAGACUGGCGGCAGUAUUAUACUAUUACUUCUACAAACGGACGGCUGUGAGACUGGGUGACCCUCGCUUCUACCAGGACUCUUUAUGGCUGCGCAAGGAGUUCAUGCAAGUCCGAAGGACAGCAGCAGAGAGAGGAGCAGCACAACAAGCCCCAGGGUGCAAAUCCCAUUUCAAGCCUCUGCUUGUAUUGUCUCUGGUCGACUCCCAUUGGUCAAACAAGUCAUGUGACUGACUGCAACGUCAGAGGGGAAAGCACAACAGUCCUGGCAAAAGGCUCGGCUUCAAGGAGCGCCGUUAAUCCGGUCAGUCUACCACACCAGAAAGCUGCAUUCUGAAACACUGUCUUUGGAAACACUUAAGCACAGGAGUUAAUAAACUUUCUGUGAAGGGCCAGAUAGUAAAUAUUUUUCAUUUUGAGUGUCAUACGGUCUUUGUUGCAACUACAAGCAUUCCUCAGUUUAUUGUACUUCACAGAUAAUUGUGUUUCUUACAAAUUAAAGGUUGUGGUGACCCUAUGUUAGACAAGUCUAACUAUGCCAUUUUUCUAAUAGCAUUUGCUCACUGCACGUCUCUGUCACAUUUGGCAGUUCUCACACAGACAGAUUUCAGGCUUCAUUAUUAUUAUAUUUAUUGUGGUGAUCUGUGAUCAGUGAUCUUUUAUGUUACUAUUGUGUUUUGGGGUUCCACAAACUACGCUCAUGUAAGACAGAGCACUUAAUCGAUAAAUGUGUGUAUUCUGACUGCACAACCAACCAGCAUUCCCCUGUCUCUGUCCCUCUCCUGAGUCGUCUCUUUUCCCUAAGACACAGCAGUAUUGACAUCAAACCAGUUAAUAACCCUACAGUGGCCUCUAAGUGUUCAAACAAAAGGAAAAGUCUCACGUUUCUCACUUCAAGUCACAAACUAGGAAGGAUUAAGCUUAGUAAGGAAGGCAUGCUGAAUCCCAAGAUAGGCCAAAAGUUCAGCCUCUUGUCCCAACAGUCAGCCAAGUGUGAAUGCAAAGGAAAAGCCUUGAAAGAAAUGAAAAGGGCAGCUCCAGUGGACACACGAAUGAUGUAAAAGUGAAAUGGCCUUAUUGUUGAGAGGGAGAAAGUUUUAGUGGCCUGGAUGGAAGAGCAAACCAGGCACAACCUUUCCUUAAACCAAAGCCUAAUCCAGAGCAAGGCCCUAACUGUCCUCAGUCCUAGGAAGGCUGAGAGAGGUGAGGAGCUGUAGAAGGAAAGCUUGAAGCUGGCAGAGAUUGAUGAGUUUUAAGGAAAAAAGCUGGUACCAUAACAUCAAAGUACAAGGUGAAGCAGCAAGUGCUGAUGUAGGACCUACAGCAACAUUGAGGCAAGUCCCUCCAGCAGCCAAAACUUCACAACUUGCUGAAAGUUCGAUGUUAGCAUUUUUUAGUAAUAAAGUGUUUUUUAAUUAAGGUAUAUACAUUGUGUUUUUAGAUAUAAUGCUUUGCAUACUCUCUAGACUGCUCUAGUAUAAACAUAACUUUUUUAUGC